CUUUAUAGUCGACCGUUAAAGUCAAAGUCCAUGCGUUGACCAUUUUUACAUCUAUAUAAUGAACGAAAAUCUCGAUCCUCUCUUGCAUAAAAACAAACAAGAUCCUUCCAAAAAAUGGCUCAACACUCUGCUCUUCUCUUUCGCGUCUUCCUCUCAAUCUUCUCAAUACUGUCUUCCAACCAAACCGAGGCCACCACAAUCGCACGUUUGGUACCACGAUCGCUCUACAACUCAAUCUUCAUCCACAAAGACAACACCGCUUGUCCCGCAAAUGGAUUCUACACUUACGAAUCCUUCGUGGAGGCGACGAGGCGGUUUCCUAGAUUCGGUAGCGUGGGAUCCCCGGAGACACGGCGCCGAGAAGUUGCAGCGUUUUUGGCUCAGAUUUCACACGAGACGACCGGAGGGUGGCCGACGGCGCCGGAUGGACCGUACGCUUGGGGGUUGUGUUUUAAAGAAGAAGUGAACCCACAAAGCAUCUAUUGCGAUUCUUCUAAUAUGGAUUGGCCUUGUGUCUCUAACAAGACUUAUCAAGGAAGAGGUCCAAUUCAACUCUCGUGGAACUAUAACUACGGACCGGCUGGUCGAGCUCUAGGAUUCGACGGUUUAAAGAAUCCAGAAAUAGUGGCGAAUAAUUCAGUGAUAGCUUUCCAAACUGCACUUUGGUUUUGGAUGACGGAGCAGAGUCCCAAACCGUCGUGCCAUGACGUCAUGAUCGGGAAAUACCGACCUUCGGUAGCGGAUUUGGCAGCUAACCGGACCGGCGGUUUCGGAUUAACCACAAACAUUAUAAACGGCGGUUUAGAGUGUGGGAUUGCAGGAGACGGGCGGGUCAAUGACCGGAUCGGAUAUUUUCAGAGAUAUGCUGGGCUGUUUAAUGUAGGAACGGGGCCUAAUUUGGAUUGUGAAAAGCAGAGGCCUUUCGCUUAACAAAUAAUUUGGUUGACCCAAAUUUUACUAUGAAUAAACAAAAGUCAACAAAUUUAUAUGCAUUGCCCCCCACAUGGAUUGAUAUAUGUGAUUCAAUAAUGUAGUCUCGUUUUUUUUUUCCUUCUAUAUAGGUCGUCUUUCAAUUUAAUGUGAUUUCGUCUUGAUUGCCAACUAUUACCUACAAAAUUUAUUGAUAGAAAGUUAUUUC